UUCCGCUUCCGGGCCCCGCUCGGUGCUGUCGGGAAGAGGCGGGGAUCGGAGCCGGCGGCCCGUUUCUCCGCGUCGGAGGUCUGGAGGAGGCCGGCGGGCCCCGUGAGGGCGAGGGAGCCCUCCUCGCCGAGGUCUUUAGUGAAAGUUGAGUGGUUUCAGAUCUGUGGAUGAUCAGCCUCUGUCUCCUUCAGCCAUGGCUUACCAACUGUACAGGAAUACCACCUUGGGAAACAGCCUUCAAGAAAGCCUGGAUGAGCUCAUUCAGUCUCAGCAGAUUACGCCUCAGCUCGCUCUCCAAGUCCUUCUCCAGUUUGACAAAGCUAUCAAUGCUGCAUUAGCCCAGCGGGUCAGAAACCGAGUCAAUUUUAGGGGCUCUCUGAACACAUACAGGUUUUGCGACAACGUUUGGACCUUCGUACUGAAUGACGUGGAAUUCAGAGAGGUCACCGAGGUGGUGAAAGUGGAUAAAGUCAAAAUCGUGGCCUGCGAUGGGAAAAAUACAGGUUCCAAUGCGGCGGAGUGAAGGGGGAUCGGGGCCUCUGUGCCCACGUGGACUGGAUGGGCAGGGCUUCUUCCAGGGGAGCAGCCUGGGCCAAGAAAGACUCUGUCAGGAGUUGUUUUAAUAAUGCAGGCUCACCUUUUCUGGAAGGCCUUGUGGAACUGUCUUAGCCAGGUCCCAUAAGGCACCUCCGGGCGUUGGCUCGGUGACGAAGAUAAGCAAGAUUUUGCCUUUUUUUAAAAAAAAACAGGAUCAAAAAUAAGGAUGAAACAUUCACAGCUACUUUUGGGUUCAUCAAGGUCACCAAUAAAUAUUUUAUUUAAAACUU